GGCUCGCGGGAGUCUCGCGGUGACAGCUUAGCUCAUCGCUGGAAAAGAAAGGAUUUGCAAAUGGAGGUGGCAGAAAUGAUCAUUAUUUGAACGACAAAAGAUCCAUCUGGCCAUGUCUGAGUCUCUGUAUGAGAAGUUUUUGGCACCAGAGGAGCCUUUCCCACUCCUCUCUCAAAGAGCCAACCUCAGUGAUGUGGGAACUCUGGACGUCAGUGACUUUGGCUGUCAACUCUCAUCUUGUCACAGAACAGACCCUCUGCACCGCUUCAACAGCAACAGGUGGAACCUCACUUCCUGUGGGACGAGCGUGGCCAGCUCAGAGUGCAGCGAGGAGCUCUUCUCCUCCGUGUCUGUGGGGGAUCAGGAAGACUGCUACUCCCUGCUGGACGACCAGGAACUAACAUCUCUGGACCUGUUUCCAGAGGGCAGUGUCUGCAGCGAUGUCUCCUCCUCCAUCAGCACAUAUUGGGACUGGUCCGACAGCAGCGAGUUUGAGUGGCAGGUCGGUGGCAUUAUCUAACUCGGAUGGCAUUUU